GUCGCGGCGCAAAUGUUCUCGGCGCAAAAGUCGUGAUACCAAUUAGAGGUAGAUUUAUUUUAUUAAUGAGACAAAAUGGUAUAUUUUCUUCUAUUGGACGAAUUGUAAGAUUUACUGGUUAGGUGUUCUGUAUAGACAUUUUGAAAAGUUGGACUUUUCUUUUUUCUGUGUUGACUAGAGAAAGUGAGUUAGAGAAAUAGACAAAGUGGCGUAUUUUCUUCGUCUGGGCGAAGUGUACGAUUUGCUAGUUAGGUGUUUUGAAAAGUUGGACUUUCUUUUUCUGUGUUGACUAGAGAAAGAGAGUUAGAGUGGGGGGACAAACUGGCUUAUUUUCUUCGGUGUGGCGAAUUGUCGGAUCUGCUAGUUAGGUGUUUCGUUUAGAUAUUUUGUAUUUUUGGCGCCUUUUUUUCUUUACUUUUUGUGUUGUCUAGAGAAAGAUAAAAAUAAAGAGUAUUAAGAAAGGCGGAGAUCGUUAUUUUUUCGCUGUUAAAAAGUUUUCUUUUCUCAUUUCUUAGAUAAAUUUCUUAAAUUUUCUUAUUAGUUUUUUCUAUUAAUUCCUCUAAAAUGGCACAAAAGAAGGUGACUAUUAUUGGAUCUGGAAAUUGGGGUUCAGCUAUUGCACGAAUCAUCGGCAACACCGUUGUUCAACACAGCACUACAUUCCAAACGCGAGUGCCGAUGUGGGUGUUCGAAGAGAUGGUUGAUGACAAAAAGCUUAGCGAAAUUAUCAAUACUGAACAUAUCAACGUUAAGUAUCUGCCUGGAAAGAAAUUGCCAGAAAACAUUGUUGCCGUUCCUGAUCUUCUUGAGGCUACAAAGGAUGCUGAUAUUCUCGUAUUUGUCGUUCCCCACCAAUUUGUUGAGAAGCUUUGUAAUCAAUUGAAAGGAAACGUCAAGAGCAGCGCUGUAGCAGUUUCUCUCAUAAAAGGACUUUCUGGCAAGUCUACAAGCUCAAAACUUCGUUUAAUCUCUGAGGACAUUAGCGAGACUCUGGGUAUUGAUGCUGCGGUUUUGAUGGGGGCGAAUCUGGCACCUGAAGUGGCUAAUGAUAAUUUCUGCGAGGCAACAAUUGGCAGCAAAAAUCUUGCUACAGCAAUCGAACUCAAAAAGCUUUUCCACACAGACAAUUUCCGUAUUAAUAUUGUUCAAGAUUUUCAAACUGUGGAAAUUUGUGGGGCUUUGAAGAAUGUUGUUGCGUGUGCAGCAGGUUUUUCUGAUGGCUUGGGAUAUGGAGACAAUACAAAGGUUAAUUCACUAUUAAGUUUUUGUUGUUUUUUUUGA